GCAUUUACGAUUCACGUAAACCCCUCUCUCCCUCUCUCUCUCUCUCUCUCUCUCUCACUUUCUCUUCAAAAACACCGCCACCUCUCUUCUUCUUCUUCCAUUAACGAUAACCUCCCUGACUUCUCUGUUUGCAUCUCUGUUUUUUGAUGGUUCAAUAUUCAUUGAAUGGAGAAGGAAAACCGAUUGAAGCUGCGAAUCUCCCGGAUGUUCCGGUCCUCCUUCGGCUCCUGCAGGCCCCGUAACCUCUCGGACGUGGCCGAGCGGACCGUCUUUUCCCCGCAGAAGCCCCUUCUAUCCGCCCAUCUACUCCGCCCCACUGCUGCAGAUCAGCGGCCACUCCCUUCCCUCUGCCGCCCCACCUGCCCCGACCCCACCUUCUCCAUCAACCCAACCUGCAUCGUCUCCGCCAAGAAAGACCUGCUCCCCCGCAGAAGCCAUCAAUACUACUCCCCUCUCCCCUGCCCUGCUCCCAGCCCCUUCUACAGGACAACCCCGAAGAAGAGUACCAAAACCCAGAAAAAGAAGAAGGAGAAGGAGAAGGAGAAGAAGAAGGAGAAGCAGAGCCAUCGACCGUUGUUCAUCAGCACGUCGUCGCAGGACACCAACACGACCUACGGUGCUGGAAAUUGGUUCAGCAGCGACGACGAGAGGGAGGAAGAGGAUGACGGUCGAUACUGGGGGGACGAAAGAGAGUCCCCGUUUUCUUCCAUCAGUCUCUCCUCUGACGACUCCUCGGCAGCUCGGCGCCGCCGCCACCGCCGCCGCUGCAGCCGCCGCCUGAGCGACCGGAAGGCCACCAGCUCUCGCCGGAAAAUAGUUGGUGAUGUUCCCGCGGAGAGUGUACAUAGCAACAUCAAGGACAGCUUUGCGGUUGUGAAGCGGUCGAGUGACCCGUACGGGGAUUUCAGGACGUCGAUGGUGGAGAUGAUAGUCGAGCGGCAGUUGUUCGGAGCCGAGGAGCUCCAGCGACUGCUCCAGUGCUUCCUUGCCCUGAACUCGAGCCGCCACCACGGGGUCAUCGUCGAGGUCUUCACGGAGAUAUGGGAGACGCUGUUCUCAUCACCACCAUUUUGCUGGAGUUGAAGAAUAUGGACUAAUUAUUUUUUUACCUCAUUUUUUUAAGUUUUAAUUUUCUGAAGGAUUAAGGAUGCUAAUUAACGUUUAUUAGCAUAAAAUUUUAGUUAUCGUGUUUAUUAGGUUCCUGACUGUAUUGACUGGUUCCAGCUCUAGUGGAAAAUGUCUUUACAUUUUCUCAGAAAAUUCGGUCUCUAGUUCUCUUUACUAUA